UGCCAUGAUGGGCUGCAUUGACUUCAGCUGGGGAGGCGCUCCGCCAGCAGGGGACUCACGUCAACUGAAUAUUAUCUUGUAAAAAAAAAAAAAAAAAUGGCACCUGUUCAUGAGCUGGAAAAACAGACAAGAGACCGGUUUGCUGUCAUCUACAAAGUCGCUGAUCAGAGACGUGGCUGAUCUGGCAGCUUUACGCACAAACUGAGAAAUACCUCGUCAAGGAGUGAGAACAGGUGUGGACAGCUUUCUCUUUACUUUGAGCCUCCAAGGGAUCACCCGUCCUGAAACAUGCGUCUGCUACGCCGGCGUUUGUCUCCUCUAAAGCUGGUCUUCCUCGGGGGCACUCUAUUCAUGGUGAUUCUGGUGGUUCUCCAUAGAGAUGUUGGCUCCUCAAACACUGGAGACCCCUGGUUGCAGGACCUGGCCCAUAAAAGGGACAAGGUGAUGGUCAUUGUGCGAAACGCCGUAAACAACAUAGGCUUCCAGAUCGGAGCUCCACAGCCGCCACUAGUGCAGGUGCAGCCCACGGAGGACGCUAAAUGCCGCUCUGGAUUUUACACUCAGGCUGAGCUCAAACCUCACCUGGAGAGACCGCCGCAGGACCCUCAACACCCUGGGGCUGACGGGAGAGCAUUUGUCAAGGAUAACUUGACUCCUGAGGAGCAGAAGGAGAAGGAGGAUGGCAUGACGCGGCAUUGCUUCAACCAGUUUGCCAGUGAUCAGAUUUCGCUUAGCCGCAGUCUUGGGGAUGACACAAGACCUCCAGAGUGUGUGGACAGAAAGUUUGCUCGCUGUCCUCCUCUGCCCACUACUAGUGUCAUCAUUGUCUUCCACAACGAGGCCUGGUCCACGCUCCUCAGGACGGUCUACAGUGUCCUGCACACGUCUCCCGCCGUCCUGCUGAAGGAGAUCAUUUUGGUUGACGAUGCCAGUAUGGCAGACCACCUGCAGAAAAAGCUGGAGGUGUUUGUGGAGCAGUUUAAGAUCGUCCGUGUUGUCAGGCAGCCAGAGAGAAAAGGCCUCAUCACAGCCAGGUUGCUGGGAGCUAGCAUAGCUACGGCUGAAGUGCUCACCUUCCUUGAUGCGCACUGUGAGUGUUUUCAUGGUUGGUUAGAGCCUCUUUUGGCCCGGAUAGUUGAGGAACCCACUGCUGUAGUCAGCCCGGAGAUCACUACCAUUGACCUCAAUUCCUUUCAGUUCAACAAGCCCAUUGCCACCAACCGCGCAUACAACCGAGGUAACUUCGACUGGAGCCUGACCUUCGGCUGGGAGGCGAUACCCGAGGAAGCAAAGAGGCUGCGCAAAGAUGAAACCUACCCUGUAAAAACACCUACUUUUGCUGGAGGCCUUUUCUCAAUCUCAAAGAAGUACUUUGAGCACAUUGGAACAUAUGAUGACAAGAUGGAGAUCUGGGGCGGAGAAAAUGUGGAAAUGUCCUUCAGGGUGUGGCAGUGUGGAGGCCAGCUGGAGAUCAUACCCUGUUCAGUGGUGGGCCACGUUUUCCGCACCAAAAGCCCACACACAUUUCCCAAGGGCACUGAGGUCAUAACACGCAACCAGGUGCGGCUGGCUGAAGUCUGGAUGGAUGAUUUUAAGAAGAUCUUCUAUCGCCGCAACCAAAAUGCUGCAGUGAUGGCCAGCGAGAAUAAAUAUGGAGACAUCUCUGAUCGCCUCAAACUGAGGGACAGGCUUCAAUGCAAGAACUUCACCUGGUACCUGAACACAAUCUACCCAGAGAUCUUCAUUCCUGACCUAAAGCCAGAAAAAUUUGGAGCAAUCAGAAACUCAGGAUCUAGAACCUGCCUGGAUGUUGGAGAGAACAACCAGGGAGGUAAAGCUAUGAUCAUGUACCAGUGUCACAACAUGGGCGGGAACCAGUACUUUGAGUAUUCAUCCCACAAGGAGCUGCGUCACAAUAUUGGAAAGCAGCUUUGUCUCCAUGCCAACGAUCAGUCAGAGCCAGUGAAGAUCGAGCUCUGCCAGCUGAAGGGGAGAGGUACCAGCUUGUCACCACAACAGGAGUGGGUCUUUACAGAGGAAAGUCUUCUGAAGAAUCCAAGCAGUGGGAAAUGUUUACAACUGAGAGGGGAAGAGGUUAAGAUGGACCACUGUAAUGCAGCAGAUCCCUUCCAGCAAUGGAGCUUCAGUUGACCUCCCAGCCUGCCCAUUAGGUGACCUCUGGCACCUCAUGUCCCCUCCCUGUUAUCAGACAUAGCAGCUCAGAGCUGGAGCAUUACAGAUCCAGAAGGACACGCUGGAAAGCUUUGAGCAAAAGGCCAUACUAAUGACCAGGAAAAGAUGGAGGACAGUGGACAAUGUCUGAUUUUAGAAGAAAUGAAAACCCUCAAAUUGGGUUUAACUGUUUUUAUUUUAUUUAUGGACAAAACUCAGGAAACUCCUUUUACUGUGGUUGGGGGAUCUUUGGACGUGUGGGAACUUUGCCUUUAGCAGAAGCAGCUUUAAAAAAAGUUGUGAACUACAAUGACUUUAAUUAACUUCUUUUACACUCAAAUGUGAAAAACAAGGUAUAUUAAUAUAAUUUUUGUUUUUAUCAAGUAAUAAAUGUGAAAAUGUUAUAUUGCAAGAGGGUGAAAUAUUGUUUUUUAUAUAUUUUUAAUUGAUGUAUUUACAUUUGUAAAUCAAUUUUCAUUCUAUAUGAUAACACGUUAUUUUCUAUCACAUUAACCAUCUAAAAAAUAAUUUCGAAAAGUACAUUAUUUAAUAUGGCGAAAGUCUUUAUAGGGAAAUUGGUCUGUUCACUGUUUACUUUGCACAAAGUCUGGGAAAAUUUGAUGUUUUCUAUACUGAGAGAUGAAGUAAAGUUAUAUGAUUACUACCAAAUUAAACACAGACUUUAAAUCCUUUAUGACAGAAGUUUCCUUGUAUGCUGAUAAGAGGUCUUCCAGCAAUAAAGCACAAAUAUCUCCUCA